CCGAGUCAUAAAAUGGUGAAAGUGGCGGGAGAUUUGAGGGUUUCAUCAUUUCCCUCUCUUUUCCUUUGUCCAGUUUGUGGCAGUGGCAAUGCGAAUGGUACUUACUGGCAGAGAAAGCUUGAUUCGAUUAAUCGGUAAACGGAGACGCUUCCUUCCUAAUCGUCACACUAUCCUCUCCGAUCCUAACCCUAACCCUAACCCUAACCCUAUCCAGGCUGUUGAAGAGCCACCGCAAUCAGAUAAUAACGACGACGUACAAUGCCCUGUUUGCGGCCGCAGCCUUCCCGGGGACAACGACCACAUAAACUCUCAUCUCGAUGCAUGUCUCUCUCAACCAAAACCAACAACACCAUCAACAAAACGAAAGUUCUCCCAACGCACCCUCCUUCAGCUAAACUUCACCCUAUCCAAUUCCAAACCCAAAUUUCAGAAUCUCACUCACGACAGUAACAAUUCUCCCGUGCCACUGCCCCAGAACGACGAGUCUGAAAAAGAAGAAGAAGAAGAAGAAGUCCCUGAAAAUCAUGAGGCCGAAUUUGAUUCUACAAUUGCCGCCACUUCCUUAUCUUCCUCGUCCGUGAACAAUGAUGUGCCUGAUGAUUCCAAACCCGAGGACGUGCUUGGUGCCACGUUUGAAACAUUCAUCGUUGGCAGGAAAUAUGCUGAUAAUCCAGAAGAAAUGUGUGCUGGUGCCGCCAUCUCUUUUUUGAGGGACCCUCAAAAUGUCAAGGACCCCAAUGCCAUUAAGGUUGUUUCUGCGGAUUCUGUGUGCGGUAAGUCAUUAGGUUUUCUCCCCCGUGAGCUAGCACAAUACCUAUCACCUCUAAUUGACAACUAUGGCUUUGGAUUUCAGGGACAUGUUACUUCUGUUCCCAAACAUUCUCUUGAUAUUGUUCCAAUUCAGAUUAUGUGCCACAGAACAUCAGAUGGUGAAAGCAAAUAUGCCAAUGAGAUCUUUAAAUGCUUAUGGAAAAAUGCUCAACGUGUUGUUGAAUUUGCAAGCAGGAAUCCUCCUUCAUCUGUAAAGUAUCAGCUGAAUUUUGGUCUUAUGCUACAUGAAGUGUUAAGAAAUAAUAUUCACCUUCUAACAGAAGAUGAAAAAACCUAUAUGGAAUCAUUCACUUUACUCUCAAAUGAUAGUCAGAGGCUUUUUAUCCGGCUAUACACUAGAAAAGGACCUUGGUUUCGCAUGUCUAAUAUAUCAUAUCCUGAAAUAGUGGAUACUCAAAAGGCAGUCAAGGGACUUGCUGAGAAAGAAUACAUACAUUCUAUUGAAGAUGCAAAUAAACUAUGUGAGAGUGAUGUGAAUGAUAUCUUGAAUAUCCUCAGCGUCUGUGAGUUGCGUGAAAUUUGGUGCAUUUUGCUUAAAAAGAGUGGCGGUCAUGGGAUGAAGAAGCAGCAUCUGAUUUCAUCUAUUCUUUCUACAGAUAAUAGUGUACCAUGGCCACAACUAUCAACUAUGAUUUUGGAUAGAACUGGUUCCUGUAUUAGGAUUUCUUCAAAAGCUGAAUCUCUUAUGUGGCGCACUGAGAGACUUUUCUUCUUAAAUGGAGAACAGGAUCUCUCGUCCUUUCUACUUGUUGAUAUGGGAAAAAUAAAGUAUCCAGCUUACAACUGCAUAAUAUCAGAACCAAUUUUCUCAAAUCGCAAUAAUCUGCUCUCAUACGAAGAGGCCAUUGAAGUUGCACAAAUUACGGAUGAAGCUCUUGAUGCAAACAAAAUUGACGUGGUAUUAAGGUGCAUAAAUAUAGCUGAAUCCUGUGUAUCUACUGAUUUUCCCAUCCAGUGCUCAACUUCUGAAUCAGUAUCUUCAAUUCGUCAUGUAUUUACAUCAUCAUGGGUAUACUCCAAAGUGGUCACAGUAGGGAUUUCCUUCCUUGAGCGGGAGCACAGGUACAUUGAUGCUAUUAACUUACUCCAAUGGUUGCUAAAUGUUUUCACUUGCGAUGUAAGAAGAGGAUAUUGGACACUGAGGUUAUCAGUUGACUUGGAGCACCUUGGCUACAUUGAUGAGAGCCUUCAAGUAGCUGAAAAUGGGUUGCUGGAUCCAUGGAUACGUGCUGGUUCAAGAAUGGCACUGCAAAGGCGGGUUCUUCGCCUAGGGAAACCACCAAGGCGCUGGAAAGUUCCUAGUUUUUCUAGGUCUGCGUUGCGGAAGAUCCCUGAGGUUUUUGUUCAAGGGAGACCAUUGAAUUCUGAAUUGGGAGAAAAGAAUAGGUACUACAAUGAAGAGGGGAAACAAUGUGGAGUGGAAGAGAUUGCUUUGCAUUACUAUGCCGGGGAUGGAGGUGGAUGGCAAGGUGUCCAUGCAGAGAGUGGCAUAUGGUUAACCAUUUUUGGGCUUCUUAUGUGGGAUGUCAUAUAUGCUGAUGUGCCAAAUGUCUUCUAUACUAGAUUUCAGAAUGCUCCUUUAGAUUUCGGCACUGAUGACUUUUAUACUGCAAGAAAGAGUAGCAUAGAAUCCCAUCUGCAGCAAAUUCGUGAUGGCAUGGCUGAGGAGUUUCUUAUUAAGUCAUGGGAAACACAUAUCGGAACAGCAUGUAGAGGAGUUAAUUGGGGCUGCCAUUCUUUAGAUGAGCUUCGCGCUGUUGUUUCUUGUGUUGGGGGCACUUGCUUGGCAUCUCUCUGCAAACUUCUGGCUCAAGACUAUCGGAGCUGGUCUAGUGGAAUGCCGGAUUUGCUGCUAUGGCGUUUCCAUGGAGAAUACAGUGGUGAAGCCAAGCUUGUUGAAGUGAAAGGCCCCAGGGACCGACUCUCUGAGCAGCAGAGAGCAUGGCUAUUGCUGCUUUUGGAUUAUGGAUUUACGAUUGAGGUUUGUAAAGUGAAACCUUUGUAGAUCUACACAAAUCAUUACAAGUUGCUUAAAAUUACUAGACAUUGAAGUUUAUUGCUCUGGCAAAUUUUUCAUCGCGAGAGGAAAUUCACUUUGAUGUUCGUUAUUCAUUUACGAGCAUUACUCUUGGAAAGAAGAGGAACUGCUCUAUACCAUGAAUGAACUACUCUAGAUCCAAAGUAGCUCCGCCAGAAGAGAAGUAUACGACGAUAGAGUCAAUGAACUAAUGACGUAUUGGAGCCCAAAUCAAAACACAUUCAUGCUGUUAUGCUUUCACUUGCUGAUUCUUCAUCCAAUUAGUCUCCUUAUGUUGUCUUAAUUCUCUGUAUGUUAAGGGUUAAUCUUGUGUAAAUUAAUUUCUUUGUCCAUAAAUGAAAAUGAAUAGUAAUGUCAGACUCAAUCGCACAAGUAAUAUAUCUAGAACAAGUUACCGUUUUCAACUCGUUUGUCUUUGUCAAAAGUGUGUAGGAUACCUAUUCCAGUCAAUUGCUACAGUAAACAUCAUUUACCUAUGUCAUUUCAGCUCUAAUAUUUAGCUGGGUUGUUGAUUUUUCCA